AUGAUCAAAAUCAUUUUCCUGCAAAUUGUACUGUAUGUGGUCGCCUGCAAUGUCCUUUGCCUCCACGCCAGCGGCCAUUCCAGCGAAACAUGCCCACAGAAGAAUAGUGAGUCUGGAGAAAUGGGAUCCAAAUGGGUAAGACACGAAUUAUUAGUCACUACUAUUUAAUUGAGACUUUUUUUCUAGGUUUUUUUUUUGGGACUUUUUUUUUUUGGGACUUUUUUUUUAGGUUUUCUGAUUUUAAGUCAGUCUAUGAAGGUCUCAAUAGAGUCACGACUUUUUCGGCGAUCGGUUAAAAUUUUGGCCAUUAGGCGGCUAACGGUAAACGCCAGAAUUGUUUUUUCGGUUAACUUUCUUUAUGACUAACAGUCAAAAUUUGUCAUUUGUUACGCCUAACGGUUAAAUAUUUUGGCCGGUUUACGGCUAACGGUUAACCCAUUGAGAGCCUCUAGAAUAUGUUCUCUGUUUCCGUUCAAUCGAGUUCCUCUUGCCUUCAAGUUUCCAAAAAUAAUUAAAUCAUUUCCAGCAUGUAAAUAAGUGUAGUGUAAACAUGCAUAGUGAGUAUACAGCAGAGCGAAUGUUGUAAUAAAACGACAUUGAAAAAGACUUUUUCGAGGCGUUUAAAAGAAUUGAUUGAAACUAGUAAAACAUUAAUAUAGUAAAUAGAACACUGAUAACUGUGAGUGCAAAUAAGUGAGGCCUCGGAAACUGAUAUGUAUAUGAGCUGAUAACCGAGAUAAACGGACCAAUCGCAAGUCCAAAACUUCAAUAUCUAAAUUCCGCGUCUAGCGGAAGCGAAAGGGAAGGGGUGAUUUUCUUAUUUCGAAACUUUUACUGAUAAAUAAGUCAGCAGGGUAAAUAUUUGAUUUUUUGGUCUUUUGUCUGUUUUAGAAACAAGCGACGCAAUCUAACAGCAAAGAUUUUCAAAGCAUUUCUGAAAUAGAGCAUGCGCUAAACGAUCUGCACUCAAAGUCAGCUGGUUUUCCCGAGUUCCAAAAAAAACUUGAUGAGGUAAAGGCCUCGGUGGAAGAACAGAAAGACAAGAACAAAGAUAGUUGCAAAGGCAAAUCGAAUAAAAUAUCCUAUGAAGAAAUGAAAAAAGUUAUUACAACCACUACAAAUAGCGUUGAAAAAUUUAAAAGUAAAGAUCCUCUGAACAUUUUAAAGGGUGUUCUUGACAUUGUCUCAAGCCUUUUAAACCUGGUUGAACCUGGUAAACCUUACAGCUUUAUUUUACGGAGACUUUCAGAAGCCGUUGGCGUGUUGAUAAUGGAAAGCAAACCAAAUCAGCCAAGUGUGGUACACCAACUAACAAAUGUUGUUCACCAUGAGAUGAUUCAAUUUAACAAAAGGUUACAUGAUCAGAAAUAUAACGGGCUCAAACGUCGCGUGUCAGAACAAAUUUUUCAGUUUCAGGGAAUAAAAGAAGAGGAGAAAUUAGAUGAUCCUACUCUGUGGAAUGAUUACGCGCAAUUUUUGGGUGAGCUUUCGAUCAGGUUUGAGUCACCGCUUCCUUUCAAGUAUGAAGGCAACCUGACAGAGGAUCCCGAUGUGAAAGAUUUCGUAACAGCCGUAGUUAAGUACUCUGAAGCUCACUCUUGCUUCAUGGCUCUUCUGUUCGUUGCCAAAGCAAAAUAUUUAGAAUUAGGAUCCACGCACGAAGACGACGUAGCCACUUUGGACCGUAAAAUGACUUUCCAAAUUAAAGAAGCUAAAGAGAAACUCUCUUUUCUGUCUGAUAAAAGAUUUUUGAAAUUUCGUGGAAGAAUUGAGGGCGGAAAACUCACCAAAAUUCUGGCUUUAAGCCGAAUAAAUCGUAAUAGAGACCUGGUAGAAAUCGUUCGUCAAAGCUUAGGUUUGUCGCCAAUGCCGAAUUCAACAACAGUCGGGUCUUCUGCAAAGAAAGUGAGUCAACAGGAAGUGACUUUGAGGUCAGUAGAGAACUGCAAUUGCUUUCUUUGCCAGUUCUUUGGCUAUAAUUAUUCCAUUCAGUUUAUCAAUGAAGCUGACCUUCCAAUAAAGAUUGUUUUGGGUGAAGUCGGCUGGAGUCAUGGAAACCAACUUCAGUUUGAGCAAAACCUUUCACCUCGCUCAUCGCAUAGCCAGAAGACUAAUUUCAGCUUCUCUACCGGUGGGUACAUUAUUCUGUAUUUAGAAGGCAAUAUGUUGAGCUCUGAUUUCCAUACCAGAAUUAUCGAGUUUGCAGUGUCGAAUCUUUUUUACGAAACUAAAAUUAGCAUGCAAGACAAAACUGACGCAGAGUUUUUGCGCGGUCUGAACGCCUACAACGAGAGGUCUGAGGAGACUGUAACUCUGUACUUUUCUGAAAAUGGAAAACAUUACAUUGCCAAAGCUGAGAUUUUUGUUUGUUGGCCCGAUCACAUUUUUCGAUUCACCAUUCAAGACUUUGACCCAGAAGCCGUUGGAGAUGGAGAACAUUAG